AUGCUCACCUGCGGCACGGUCAUCUGGAUCUCCGAAGCCUCACAGCAGAAAGCGGACGCAGAGCGCCCCAACGCAGGGCCAGGGCGACUGCACACCUCCUCCGGCUGCCGGCCCGUCUGGAGUGGCAGCUCUUCGGGAGCGGGAAGCGGGAGCCCUCGCGACGUGCCGUUGGCAGGGCAGUCCGGGGGCUGCUCCUGGGCGCGGGGUCCGGCCUCCCCCAGCUCCGCGUCGCUGCCGCCUCCGCGGGACAGCUGGGUCACCCUCAGCUGGCUCUUCAGUAGUUUGGAUCCUGGCUACCUGAAAGGCAUCCUUUUUCAGUCAGCAGUUGGUGAAGAGUUCAAGCUGUUAGUUCCCUGGUUUAAUGAGGAGACUCCUGAUGUGAUUCUCGUGCUGAGUAUUGGCGAAGGUGGCUUUUGGGAAGGAACAGUGAAAGGCAGGACUGGCUGGUUCCCGGCAGAAUGUGUUGAGGAGGUGCAGAUGCGACAGUACGAUCCGCGGCAAGAAACCAGAGAAGACAGGACAAAGCGUCUCUUCAGACAUUAUACUGUGGGCUCUUACGACAAUUUCACCUCUCACAGUGACUACAUCAUUGAGGAGAAGACGGCUGUGCUGCAGAAGAGGGAGCAUGAGGGAUUCGGGUUUGUGUUGCGAGGGGCCAAAGCUGAAACCCCAAUUGAGGAGUUCACCCCAACCCCAGCCUUCCCUGCACUGCAGUAUCUGGAAUCAGUGGAUGUGGAAGGCGUUGCUUGGAGAGCAGGACUUCGCACAGGAGACUUUCUAAUUGAGGUGAAUGGUGUGAACGUGGUGAAGGUGGGGCACAAGCAGGUGGUCUCAUUGAUCCGACAAGGGGGGAAUCACCUGGUGAUGAAAGUUGUUUCCGUCAGCCGCAAGCCAGAAUCAGAAGAAGUUGUUCGGAAAAAGGCUCCACCGCCUCCCAAGAGAGCUCCCAGUACCACCCUGACUCUGCGUUCCAAGUCCAUGACAGCUGAGCUGGAAGAACUAGCCUCCAUGCGGAGAAGAAAAGGGGAGAAACUGGAUGAGAUUUUGGCAGCAGCUGAGCCCUCGCUGAGAGCAGACAUUGUCGAAGCAGAUUCUAGGGCAGCCACUGUGAAGCAACGACCAACAAGCCGGCGCAUCACGCCAGCAGAAAUCAGUUCACUCUUUGAACGCCAGGGUAUGGCAGCACAUUCAGGAGUCCUGGCAGGAGCUGAGAAACCCCAUGUUUCACUGCGCAAAGGAAUUCCACGAACAAAAUCUGUAGGUGAAGAUGAGAAACUUGCUGCUUCUUUGCUAGAUGGGAAGUUUCCCCGGAGCACAUCAAUGCAAGACACUGUUAGGGAAGGACACGGGAUUCCACCACCACCUCAAACAGCCCCACCCCCACCUCCUUCUCCAUAUUACUUUGACACAGCCCCCCCUCCGUCCUUCUCUCCACCUCCACCUCCAGGAAGAGCUUAUGAUACCAUAAGAUCAAGCUUUAAGCCAAGCCUGGAGGCCAAACUCCAUGGACUCCCACAGGUCAUUAGCGCAGCUGAGAUGUAUGAUCAGGCGAGGACUUCCAUACCUUAUCCUGAAAGGCAGAAGAGGGCCCGCUCCAUGAUAAUCCUGCAGGAUUCCUCUCAUCUUCCCGUGGAGCCAACAGAGAUCCCCCGGCCUGGGCCAUCUGCAACCCCCCCAGAGAAGCUGAAAAGGAAAGGGAGAGUUAUUGACAACCCUUAUGCCAACAUGGGUCAGUUCAAUGUCAGCUUAUUUGCUCCCACUAAGCCACAGAGAAAGAAGAGUCCUCUUGUGAAGCAGCUACAAGUAGAGGAUGCACAGGAGAGAGCAGCACUGUCUAUCACUGGAGGCUUUACACGGGAGCCAUCUCCCACCCGCAGGAGCCAUCGCCUGAGUGGAGUGGAGUAUCAGCACCACACUGGCAUUGCUCAGGUUGAAGCCACAAGCAUCCCCUUCGCCACUGCCAUUGCUGGAGUCAUGAAGGACAGAGAACGUCGUCUGGAUGAGAAGCGGAAAUCCACUGUCUUCCUCUCAGUUGGGGCCAUUGAAGGAAGCCCCCCCAGCAGCGACAUGCCAUCCUUGCAGCAGUCCAGGUCUAUUGAUGAGCGAUUGUUAGGAAGCCGAGAUGUACUACUGCCUUCCCCUGUCUCAGCUUUAAAGCCAUUAAUUAGCAGCUCAUCUUCAACGUUCAUCCACCCCCUAACAGGAAAGCCCCUGGAUCCGAACUCACCACUGGCGCUUGCGCUGGCCGCAAGGGAACGGGCCCUCUCAACUCAAGUCCCAUCCCGGUCGCCCACCCCUAUUCACAGCCCAGACUCAGAAAGAGCAGCACCUCUGUUUGUGGACAUCCAAACCAAAGAACCAGAGAGGGGGGAGUUGGAGAGUUUAGUGUCACCUGCGUAUUCGCCUGGAGGCAAAGGGGCAAUUGGAACAGACUCUGGGACUUUGGCCCCUGCCAAGAGCCCGUGGGGGACUCCAUCCACACUGAGAAAAGAAACUGAGGCAAGAGCAGAAACACCUGGAAAAGAGGAGAAAAAACAAGAGGACAAGAAGUCCAUGAUCAUUAGUAUAGUGGAUACAUCACAGCAGAAGACGGCUGGCCUCAUCAUGGUUCAUGCCACAAGUAAUGGCCAAGACGAGAUAGGACUUGAGGUGAAAGAGGAGAAACCAGCUGUCCCUGAAACAUGCACGGAGCCAGCAGAGUCCCCCAAAGCAGAGACCCAACCCAGUCCUGUGGGAAAGCCUCCAGUCAGUCCAGCCUCUGACAAGACGUUGGGACAAGGGAGUUCGGAGGAAGAAGUGGAGCCCUACACAGUUACCCUCCCACCAGCUCAGUUGUCGUCAAGUGAUGAAGAGACUAGGGAGGAGCUGGCCAAGAUAGGGCUGGUGCCUCCACCAGAUGAGUUUGCGAAUGGGGUACUAGUCACCACCCCUGGCACACCAGUCAGCCACCUGGCUACGCCUAGCACGCCAUCCAUACCAGCGGCAGCAGUAGCACCUUCUACCACUGGCGGAACACCCUCAGGGAAGCCCUCUGAUGCCCCCGUAGCCCCAGAGUCUGCUGCAGACUCAGGAGUGGAAGAGGUGGACACCAGAAGUUCAAGUGACCAUCACCUGGAGACCACAAGCACCAUCUCUACGGUCUCCAGCAUGUCUACGUUGUCCUCAGAAAGCGGGGAGCCUACUGACACAUACACUUCCUUUGCGGAUGGACAAACUUUUAUACUCGAGAAGCCACCAGUGCCUCCAAAGCCAAAACUCAAGUCCCAGCUCAGCAAGGGGCCAGUUACUUUCAGGGACCCACUUUUGAAGCAGUCUUCGGACAGCGAGCUCAUCUCCCAGCAACAUGCGGCCACUCUGGCAUCAGCCAGCAUUGGCCGGCCACGCUACCUCUUUCAGAGAAGGUCCAAGCUAUGGGGGGACCCCAUGGAGAGCAGGCCAAUCCAUGGGGCUGAUGAUGACAAGCCAACUGUGAUCAGUGAGCUAAGUUCCCGACUACAGCAGCUGAAUAAAGAUACGCGAUCACUGGGGGAGGAACCAACCGGGUCCACAUUAGAUCCCGGGAAGAAGUCACCUGUGGUCGCAGCACGACUUUUCAGUAGUUUAGGAGAACUCAGCACCAUUUCCCAGCGGAGCUCCGGAACCACCUACACAGUUCGACCUGGCAGUCGCUACCCUGUAACCCGGCGUACCCCCAGUCCCGUGAAGCCUGCUCUGGAUCGGACAGAGCCUCUCAGCACCGUGCGGCCCUAUGGUUUGACCCCUCCCACCAUCCUCAAAUCUUCCAGUCUCUCCAUCCCACAUGAGCCCAAGGAGGUGCGCUUUGUGGUGAGGAGUGUGAGUGCCCGGAGCCGCUCCCCAUCCCCUUCCCCCUCUCCAGGGCCACCCCUGCACACCCUCCAUCCACCAAGGCCCUUCAUGCAGAAACCCCUCCACCUGUGGAACAAGUACGACGUCGGGGACUGGCUGGAAAGCAUCAAUUUGGUGGAGCACCGAGACAAGUUUGAGGACCAUGAAAUAGAGGGCACGCACCUGCCUGCCCUCACCAAGGAGGACUUUGUGGAGUUGGGGGUAACACGGGUUGGGCACCGUAUGAACAUUGAGCGGGCACUCAAACAGCUGGUAGACAGCUGACCGUCCUCGGCAGCGCUGGCCUCUUCCAGAGCCACCACAUGGGGGAGGGGGGGGCAUUUCUACUAGACUAAUAAAACCCAAUUUGAUUCUCUUUCUACUCCGAGCACUGCACUGAAGGGCAAGGAGCCGAGGCGCUCCUGCUCUUUGACACACAGCCCCGGUGUGCCAUGCACACGCAGAUCCCGCUCAGCCUCUACCAGACCGACGACGCCUUCGGGAAAAGGAAUGUUGCAUGAAAUACAUCCUCUUUUCUGUUUCUCCCAGAGAGUCUGGCCUGUAUAUCGCUGAUGUGCUCUUCCCUAGGGGCGUCGCUGGUGGCAGGAGGGGCCAAGGAGCCACGUGCUGGUGGGCCCGUGCUCCCCAUUUCAGGACCUGUGUUGAAUGGUAACACCUGGUUUGCCUGUGCUCAGACU